AAAUAUAUUGCACGAUUUAAGUCAUUAAGUAAUUAUGAAAACUGUAGUGGCGAAGUUCAUCAAAGAAUUAUGGGUUACACUUACUCUUAUGAGCCCGCGUGGCAAAUGAUUUAGAUUUUUUUAAGCGGUCUGAUUAAACGCGAGUGUUUUUGCUCCCCUUCUACCUUUUGCCCGAAAGGCUCUCCGAAAAGUAGGCGGUAAUUGUCGGUGGAAGAUGGCGAUCAGCGAUUAGUUGCCAAAGGAGUGCGUUCGAUUGGAGGGGCACCUGGGAUUGAUGAGGAGCGGCGGCCAAUGAGAGCGCGUCAAAUGAAUGACCGGGCUCCAGUUAAAGGGGGCGUAAGAGGAGGUAGUGCCAGUCCACUGAGAAAGAGGGACCCUCCGAGAUAAACAUAGGCAAGGGAAAGAAAUAAACAUUCCAAUUCGAGAUGCUUCAAGAACAAGGAAGACUCAGUAAGAUAAUAACUCGUAUUUUCGUGUAAUCCGCAAAUUACGACAACGACUCAAUUUGAAAGGCAACGCGCAGAGGAAUCUUUUCAUUUCGCUGCAUUUGGGGAUUUUGAGUAACAAGUUGUCCACAAAAAAUAUAGUCUAACUUAACCCGCAAAGCGAUUUUUUCCCUAUGAGCGGAUCGAACUUCAUCACCUCAUGUCGUGUUCUCAAAUCUGGAAGUUAAUAUUCCUGUAGCUCAUUCGAUUUUAUUUCGUUACAUGUUUUGUUGAAGCGACGCGCAUAGACUGCUUGAACGAGAACUGGUUUUGCUCAACGAAAGCAUGUUACUGGACACUGGGCAUCAGUUCCCUGGUUUGGGAGUGGGCACCUUUGCCAGGCAUCACCACUCCUCCAGUGAGAUGCAGGACAGAGACUUGAGUUUAGCUCAGAACAGCUUCGUCGACUCGGCGCACAUGGGCGCAUUUAAACUGAACCACGAUCUCUCGCCCGGACAGAGUUCUGCAUUCACGAGCCAAGCGCCAGGCUACCCCGCUGCGGCUCUGGGUGCGCACGCGGCUCAUGUCACACCAUACGCGAGCUCGCCGUUUAACUCCACGCGGGACUUUCUCUUUCGCAGCCGUGGAUUCGGGGAAUCGUCACCGGCGGGAGGCCAGCACGCACUCUUCGGCCCCACUGCCGGCUCGCUCCAUCACUCUCACACAGACAGCCAAGGCCACAUUCUGUUCCCUGGCAUUCACGAGCAGCAUGGAUCUCACGGCUCCCCAAACGUGCUCAACGGGCAGAUGCGACUCGGACUACCGGGGGAGGUUUUCGGGCGAUCAGACCAGUACCACCAGGUCUCCAGCCCGAGGACCGACCCUUACUCAGCCGCUCAGCUGCACAACCAGUACGGCUCCAUGAAUAUGAACAUGGGGAUGAAUAUGGCAGCGCAUCACCAUCACCCCGGUGCCUUCUUUCGCUACAUGAGGCAGCAGUGUAUUAAGCAAGAGCUCAUCUGUAAGUGGAUCGAUCCGGAACAGCUCAGCAAUCCGAAGAAGAGUUGCAAUAAAACUUUCAGCACCAUGCAUGAGCUGGUCACACACGUCUCGGUCGAGCACGUUGGAGGACCCGAGCAGAGCAACCACAUCUGCUUUUGGGAAGAAUGUCCCCGCGAAAGCAAGCCUUUUAAAGCCAAAUAUAAACUGGUCAAUCACAUACGCGUGCACACGGGAGAAAAGCCGUUCCCCUGCCCGUUCCCUGGAUGUGGCAAAGUCUUCGCGAGAUCAGAAAACCUAAAGAUUCACAAGAGAACACAUACAGGGGAGAAACCAUUUCAGUGUGAGUUUGAAGGAUGUGACCGGCGCUUCGCGAACAGCAGUGACCGAAAGAAGCACAUGCACGUUCACACGUCAGACAAACCGUAUCUUUGCAAAAUGUGUGACAAGUCCUACACUCAUCCCAGCUCUCUUCGAAAGCACAUGAAGGUUCACGAGUCAUCCCCACCUGCAUCUGACUCGUCGCCAGCGGCAAGUUCUGGUUAUGAGUCCUCAACACCCCCUGGUCUGGUGUCCCCCUCCACUGAGACCCAAAGCAACAACAAUCUGUCGCCUUCCUCAGUGGUCCACAGUUCCAACAACCACAGCAGUUUAUCGUCCAAUUUCAGUGAAUGGUAUGUUUAAGACUGUGCCAUCCCAGGAGGAAUCAUUUCAGAAAACCAGGAGAUCCGUAUACAGCUUGUACAAAACAAACGCUCCUAUAUUAUGCGCUUGUCCAGCAGGAUUAACAUUCCCACAUCAACAGAAGAACCGUGCGCAAAAGCACGAAACGUCCUCUUUUUGUACAUACUACGCGCUCUCUUUCCCAAUGGUUGUGAUAGAUUUUGUCGGUUUUUUGGUGUAUAGAUGUUCCUUCAAUGGUAGCUAUUUCUCUAACUGGACUUUUUAGUGCACAUAUUACCAUAAAGUUGUAUUAUCAUAAUGAAUAUUGUGAUUCCAUUAGGGCAAACUGAUUGUAAAAUAAACAACUAUUAACUGGAAAGAGUGCCAAAGUCAACAUUUAACGAAGACAGACACAAUAUUUGCUUGUGAAUGUAUAUCUUAGUUUGCUGGGCUUAACUUGUGAUGUUUUGUGCUUUGCAAGUUUGAAUUGUGAAAUAUAUUUGGAAGAUUGUGGGGCAAAUUAAUGUCGUGCCGUUAAAUAUCUGUAACUACACCCUUCUUUUUGUAAAUAUCGACUGCCAUAUUUAUCCAUUUGUAAUUAAAUUAUGGUAUUUACUUGCUACAGAUGAAACAAUAUUUAUAAAGAAUGUUUCUUUACUAUAAAUAUGUACAAUUAUGGGCUGAACAGGGGCAGUUGUUUUGUUAUAGCCUAUGUGUUUUUGUUCAAAGUUUGAGAAGUGUUUUCUCCAUUAUUGUGAUAAAAAUUUUACUGCAUACAGAUAUAAUAAAACGUGGUGCAAGUGUACAAUCUUUA